ACUAAAAAUAAAAGUUGUCCUAUGAGGGAAUGCAUAGAGAAAAGAGAGAAGAAGAAAGAAAAAGAAAAAAAAAAAGUUUGUACCCUAACUCUCCAAAUUUCAGUCCGUAGAAUUUGCUGCAAUACAAAGGCAAAUUCCAUCUCUCUCUCCAAACUACACUCCUGUUUUCUAUCUAAAAAGUUUGAUUUUCAGCAUCAAUUCAAGUUACUUGUAGAGAAAAGAAAUUUAAGGAUUUUCCCGACCAUUCCAAGAACUUCAAGGUUUGUUGACGACUAAUGUACUAUACAUUGUAAGUUUUAAGAUUUAAAGCUUGUAGUUUAGCAUUAUAUUUGAAUAAUUUCUCAAUUUUAUUUACUAGUAUGCUCGCUCAAAUAAAAAAAAUCCAGAAUUUGGGGGUUCAGUAUUGGAUACGGCAUUGUAAUGUAGUGUAUUAUUGUAAGUUUUACAGUAUGAUGGCCCUUAAAUUUGAUGUAAAUGAAUAUAAUAAUGGUGAAACAACGCUUAGAAUUUCACCCACUACUAGGAAAGAUGCUCAGAGUGCUUUGUUAGAUUACUUGCAUUCUACUAGAAGCUUACCCUUUGUGGAAGCUGAGCAUAUGAGCAAAAACUCUCCUCAUUUCAUAAGGAAGCUCAUAGAAAAUGUGAAUUACGAGCCUGAUGUGCGGUGCUCAGCGGCGCGCUUCUUGCGUUACCAUCCCAUCAAUGAAUUCGAACCGUUUUUUGAAAGUAUAGGAUUGGACCCUUCUGAGUUUGUUCCUCUCCUUCGGCGUGAUUUAAUGUAUUUAAGUGAUGAGGACGGGUUGCUUUAUAACUACUGUGUUUUGUGUGAGUAUGGCAUUGCUCGGAAUAAUAUAGGAAGGAUAUAUAAGGGGGCAAGAGAGGUGUUCCAAUAUGGUAAUGGGGUUUUGCUAUCGAAGCUACGAGAUAUUGAGAAGGUGGGGCUAAGUAAACCUGUUAUAGCUAAUGCAGUUAGCUUUAAUCCUUCUCUUUUGAUAGAUGGUGUGAGUAAAGAGUUUUUUAAGUUGUUAAGACAGUUGCAGUGUCUUGGUUGUGAAUAUGAUUGGGUUGAGCAACAUUUAUUUGAAAAUGAUUUAUACAAUUGGAGGCAAAUGUUUGAGUUGUUACAUGUGUUAAGUGACUUGGGUUGUAACGAGAAGGAGUUGGGAUAUUUGGUGAGGCGACAUCCAGAGCUUCUAUUUGAUCGUUCAGGUCAAUCAACCUAUUCACUAAUUGGAUUUUUGAUAAAAUUUGGAUGCACGAAGAAUGACAUAUGUUCAAUGUUUUUGCACCUUCCUCAAGUCAAAGUUGGGCUAUUUGUUUGGAAUCUUCGACGUGCUUUUGAGUUACUUCGUGAAAUCGAGAUGGAUGCUACGAGUAUCACAAGUAUCAUCCGUACACAUCUCUUGGUGCUGGGUUCAUGUUCAUUGAAGAAAGCAAACAGUAUACUUGCUAAUUUGAGCACAGGGAAGAAACGCUUGUGUGAAAUCAUUAUAGAAAAUCCGUUGGCACUAAAGAAUUGGGUAUUGCGAGCAAAAAUCAAACGGUUGUCUGUGACUAGGGAAAUGCAUUCGCGCAUGUGGAAGACUAAGUUUUUGUCAAGCAUUGGCUUCAAAGAAAAUUCAAAAGAAAUGGAAAGGGCUUUGAAGUUAUUCCGUGGCAAAGGAGACGAACUUCAUGAAAGAUUUGACUGUCUUGUCAAAGCAGGACUCAGUGAAGAGGAUGUUAUGCAGAUGGUCACAAUUGCCCCGCGCAUUCUCAAUCAAUCAAAGGAAGUUAUUGAGGCAAAGAUCGAAUAUCUUGUUAGUGAUCUAGGCUAUCCAGUGUCAAGUUUGAAGCCAUUCCCAGGGUACCUUGCCUAUACAAUAGAAAGGGUGAAGCUCAGAUGUUCAAUGUACAAGUGGCUUGUGAAUCAUAGUGCUGUGCGGCCUGGAUUUACCUUAAGCACCAUAGUUGGAUGCCCAGAACCACAUUUUGUGAAGAAGUAUGUGGAUAAACAUCCGGGAGGCCGCGAUGUGUGGGAGGGGUUGAAGAAGACAUCUUCAAUAUAAGAUCGCCCACCAUUUUUGGGGUUCUCCAUUACAGGCUUGACCUGCUUGUGCAUGCUGAAAAACUGUAACUGAAGUCUCAAACCUUCUGUCCUCUGCUCAGCAUAAUGACAAAAGUCCAAGAGGGCAGUACAUGGCAGGCAUGAGCUAUACCAUCAAGCAAUGCUGUCUCUGGGUUGGUUUACGAUGGUAUGGGAACUCAACUACUACUCUGUAAGCACAACUCAACACUUUGAUUACUCUUAUAUUUGAUUUGCAGUCUGCUGUCUGUAUCUCAGUAAUUUCCUUAUCCAAGGAAGUGCAGAAGAUAGAUGUUCCAAGGCUGCUAUACAUGAAUCUGGAUCCCAUAGUUAUUAUGUCCAUUGCCCAGCUCUUUAUUUCUCUCAUUUGUGGGAAAGGACAGAAUAAUAUUAGGUGUUUCUUUCUCUCUUGUUGGGGGAAGGAUAGAGAAUACUCCUAGUUGCCCUCGGAUAUGCUCCUUAAAACGCCCUCUCCUACUAAUAAUUGAUCUGUUGUUGAAUUUUUUAUGCUUUUCUCAUCUCACAUAUUAUGACAUAUGUUCCUUAAUUUGGCUGCCUAUCUAGGUUGGCUGUGUUGAAGAGAACUUGUAUGUGAACAUUUCUUCUGUGUCUCUUGUUAUCCUAUCAAUUUAAAGGUCCAAACUGAGGGGAGCUGAUCAGGUCUACAUUUUCCUUUAUGUUUUCAUCUCGGGCUUCGUGCAUUGAUGCAUAAUUUCUUUGCUGCUAUUGCAAGUUUGAGUCAUUCAAAUAUAGACUAAAUAAAAGAUUAUAUACACAGAACUAGAACAAACCAUGUAUGACGUUACUAAUGGAUUUGAUGUCAUUGCUGGUGGAUCUCAGGGAAGGAAAGUAGCAAUUAUAAGCAUCUCACGGAACCCCAGGGUGUCUUAUCAAUUGUUAUUAUAUCCUGGAGCAUGAUGAACGUCAAACUCUCUUAAGUAAUCAACGGGAAAUGAUACAGAAACACGCUGCACUCAAAUUUCAUAUCCAUAUAUAGUCUGUUCAACGAUGUGCAACAUUUCAAGGUCUGCGUCCUACGUGCUUAAGCAAUGUUGGCUGUCGUUACAGUUUUUGCACAAAGUGAGGUGUUAAUAGUGAAAAAAACAACUGCAAUUUUCCACAUGACUGAAUGAUCGUAGUCCCUUGGAGUAUUACCAGACGAAGUUCAGCCCAGAUUGGAUGUUUUAGGGGAGCAGUGAAUGGUAUACAUGUUCAUUGUCGAUGUAUAGCUUAGGCUUAAAAAAUGAAGGUAAUAAUUAUCAAAUCAGCAAUAGGAAUGCACCAAACAGUAUUUCAUGUUCCUUUCUUAUGCCUUCUUGCAACUUUUAAGUUGCCAAGUGUGGAGAUUUGUAUACUGUAAUCUUUAUUUUUUGGGUAAAAAUUAGACAUGAAAACUCAAUGUGUAAACUGUAAAUCCAUCUUGAUUAUUCUUGAAACGAAAAUAUAUUUUGCUUUGGAGGA